AUGGCCUGGUCAGCCGAGUGCGAUGCGAGGGCCUUGGGCGAGCGCAAUCAGACGACCGAUGCCCAGGGGGACCGGCUGGCGAGGGGGCCAGGGGCUGGCUUUUGUCGUGUUUUUUGGACACCGGCCGCCAUUUUCAGCACCCAAACCCCCGCCGCCGCCCCAGCCGCCCGCGAGCAGGACAGCCACCCGACCGGCGCAGCAUUGCCUCUAAAAGCACGGCCAACCCGCCGGCAGAGACCUGGAGUGUGGUGCCCUGUGGCUUGUCCGUUGGGAUUAGCUGGGCGGCUCCAGAUGCCCAAAAUCCGUCUGGUUUAUACGGCCAGCCACCAAGCACCGACUGAUCUGGGCCGGCGCAUCAAGACCUCCCUCGGCUAUCACAACGGCGACACGGGCAGCGGACAUGGUUGCAUUAUCGUAGGCACGGAUUGA